UUUUCGAAAAAUAUAUAGAAUUCUUGUUUAUCUUAGAAUUUCAUAUUAGUAAUAUUGAAUAAUUCAAUUCUUAUUUGAGAAACGGCAAAUAACUUUUAUCUACAAACAAUAUUUUUUCUAUUUUAUGAACAUUAUACUCUCAUAAAGAUAUAAUAUUGUACAUCUACCUAAUUUUAAAUAUCAAUUGCAUUCUACGAUAUGAAAUUUACACGAAAUAAUAAACAAAUUAAAGUGAAAACUCAGUUAUAUUUUAAGCUGUAUAUACUGCCCUUAGCAUCAAGUAAAGACUAGCUAAAAAAAAUUAAGAAACUUCUGACUAUUUGCAGAAUUAAGGUAUAGGAAAUUAAAUGAAGUGAUAAUGUAUUCAGUAAAAGUGGAGUUAGAUAGAAAAGACAUUUGUCGCGGCUGCCUCAGUACAGACAGGCAAACAGCUUUAAUAAAAAAGUAUGCGGAUUUAUUCUUCAGCUUGUUAGGAGAUCAGCAACAGUAUUCAGAUGCAAAAUUAUAUUUAUGUUGGGAAUGCAGAGCGCUUCUGAAAGGGAUCCAGAAAUUCCAGGAUCGUAUUCAACAUGCACAGUUUAUACUGCAAGAAUCACUUUUUGCACUGGGAAACAUAUCACUAUCAAGUCUAUCAAAUUUAUCAAAAAUACAAAAAGAUUUCUACGAUGUCAUUAUAGAUGAGGAUGAACCAAAACCAAUACAGGAGAACAACCUAGAAGAAGAAGUAGACAAUUUAAUUAAACAAGAGAUAGACGACGUUGAUGAUUCCUUUCAGGAUUUUAAAGCUGAAGACGACCCACCGGAAUUCAUAGACAAUAUAGUGCCACAGAUAAAAAAAGAGAGUAUAAAGAAACACUCUAUAAAAAGGUAUGAGAGUAAAGCGCGUGUGAUCAAAAGUGAUAUAGAUUUAAGUGAUUCAAAAAAGUACUGGGUUAGAGUGUACUUGAAUGAGACAGAAAUAGAAGAAUUAUUAGAAAGAGACAACAUUACUAGCAGUUACAAGAAGAAGCCUUAUAAGUGUGAAGAUUGCAAUAAGGCAUACAAGAGAGAGGUAGAUUUUAAGAGGCACAUUACAUUUUCUCAUCGGGACCAAUCGGCCCUCAAGUGUACAAUGUGUAAAGUAAAGUUCACGUCGUGGCCGUCACUGGAGCACCACUGGAGGCGCCACAACGUGCACUACCGCUGCGUACUAUGCGGCUGGCUGUCCCGCAGGCCGACGGCUAUAACCGCACACAACAGACGAGUGCACUCGAUGGUGUAUGUUUGUAAUACUUGUGAUGCCAGGUGCCGUACUUUGAGGGAGUUUAGCAAUCAUUACAAGGAAGUCCACGAGCGGAUCAUUUGUGACCACUGCGGUAAGAGCUUCAUGAAGAAACGAACUCUGGAGAAACAUAUAAAACGUAACCACUUACCAGCAACCUGCCACACCUGCGGCAGAACGUACGCUCAUUACCACGUCCUAGAGAACCACUACAGGAUGCACCAUCCGGAGCUAAUCCGCGGCGACACGAGGACAGAGCUGGCGUACUGCGUCGAGUGUGACAAACAGUUUCCCACGGUAUACAAGUAUAGGCGGCACCUGGCGACGGCCGCUAAACAUACACCGCCCAAACCUGUCAGGAUUCCAUGUCCGGAGUGUGGCAAGGUAUUCGCACGCAAAAUCCGCAUGACCAACCAUUAUAGGUCGGUGCAUAUGAACAACACGAAGCACAGAUGUGAUAUAUGUAAUAAAACGUUCUGUUCGGCGUACUCGGCACGGACGCACCGGCAGUACGUGCAUGAGAAGAUACCGAUGCCGAAGAACAAGAUGUGCGACAUAUGUGGACGGGGUUUCAGUACAAAUCGGAUCCUUACAAACCAUCGAAGAACUCACACAGGCGAGCGUCCCUACAAAUGUACAUACUGCCCAGCCACAUUCGCACAACGGACAGCUAUGAAGACCCAUGAAAAGACUCAGCACAAAAAUCUAGUCUAUACCGCAUCUUAAGGACUUAAUCCUAUACGCCCUAUGCCUUAGGAGCACAAAAAAACGUUUUGUUUAUGCUCGACGGACGCCAUUAUGAAUUUUGGCGGGAACUAGUAGUAAAUAUGAAAGGAAAUUUGUUAAGGAUAACAUGGUGAUCCAGUGCUAGAGAAAUUUAUAAACAUUUAUAUGUAUAUAAUGUCUAAAGAAAUAUGAUUGAUGAAAAUAUAAUAUCAGAAUUUUACCGAAGAUAAUAAAAGCUGAAUAAAAAAAAGAUAAAGCUGUAUGGGCUGAGACCCUUCCCAUAGAAAAUACCGAAAUGUUUGUUUUUUAUUUUUUAAAGUCUUGGCGGCGCGAC